AGGGGAGAGAGCUGGCUAGCCCGAGUGAGAGAGAGAAAGAGUGAGAGAGAAAGCGAGAGUGCGGGAGAGCGAGAGAGCGAGGACAGGACAGAAAGUGAGGGAGAACAGUUUCCCAUCGUUCACGUUGCACCGACUUCCCUCCGCGAGAACUGAGAGGAAAGUGAAGUCAGCGGAAUUUGAAUGGAUCGUUUUACUACUUCAGUCCCCGCUGAUGAUCGGUACGGAAUAAUGUCCUCCUAUCGUUCCACCACCUGAAGAGCGCCGAUCGAUUUUCUCAGGAUAUUUUCAAGGGGAGUGAUGCCCAGACCCAAUUAGGGUCUACGACUAAGCUACCCCAAAAAACAGCUGAAUGCUGGGUGACUGACCGCUGAUCCCGCCUCCAGAAUACAACCGACGGCGGUGAGACACGCGGGCACAAGAUGGCCACCGAGGAGGCGGAGCGAGGACCCGGGUCCUCCGCGGUCGGCGCACACGUUGCCUCCCCCAAGCCCACCCCCGCCCCGUCCGCCCCCGCCCCGUCCCACCUCCGCAGAGUAAACCGCCCUCUGGGGUCGCGGCGGAACUCCGAGCAGCUGCCGCGGCCGCCGGCGUCCGAAGUGGGCUGCAACCACGGCGACACCUGGCGCAGGCCCUCACCGCGACCGUACCGGACGUUUUCCUACGACCACGCCAGCUCCAAGGGGGAGGGGUCGUUCUUGGACGGAGAGAGAGCCACAGGGAGACCUCCCCCUGGGCAGAGCAUGAAGGGAGUCAGCGGUGGGGUGGCCAGGCUAGCUAGGAGAGGACCAGAGAGCCCCUUGGGCCAGUUGGAUGUACUUGAUGAUGAUGAUGAUGAUGAUGAUGAUGAUGAUGAUGAAGCCUGGGAGAGAGCUGUCAUUGUGCAUUGUGCCUGCCCGGUUUCACGCCUCCAUGCCAACUGUAACCACAGUCCUGGAUCCAAUUUGAAUCGCAGGUCAAACGUAAGCACCAAGUCCAACAUGAGUCCGGCCCACAGCCCUGCGUCCAAUCGAAGCCCGCUGUCUAACGUAAGCCCUGCCGUCGGAGGCUGCAGGGCCAAUACCAGGCCACGAUCCAGACCGACCCAGCACUUCCAUCACCACACUCGCCGCAGCAGCCUGCCCGCGCUCAUGCUGGCGUCCCUCAAGUUCCCUGGCUCACCCGUGCCGCCCCAGUCUCCCAGCGGCCCAUCCAGUGAACCGGGGUCCCGGGUGUCAUCGCCCCUCUCUUCCCCCCUCCCACAAUGCCUCCACCACGACCACAACCACCACCCCCAGGACGGCUACUCCAGCCUGGAGCGGCUGAACCGGAGGCCCAGGGUCGGCAAAACCUCCCUGGAGAAGCUCCACCACUGGCGCUUGUCCCUGGACAAGGAGCCGUGGUGCCUCCCGGCAGCGCGGGGCAGCGAGGCCGGAGGCUGCCGGGACAAGGAGGAGGAGGAGGAGGAGGAGGUGGAGGAGGAAGAGGAGGACCAGGGGGAGGAGGACGAAGGGGUGGUUGCCGAGGGCGACAGCACGUUUGUGCGUAACCGCAAGGAGCGCUCCACCGUUCUCGUGAGGCGGUUCUUCAAGAACAACCAGAAGGUUUCCAUGCCCGUCUGCACGGGGACCAGGGCCAUCGUGCGGGCCCUGCCCUCGGGCCGGCCGUCCACAGAGGUCUGGAGGCAGGUGGUCCAGCACCAGAGCUCCAGGCCCGUCAGGGAACUGGUCUGGGGGGUCCUGGAGCGGCUCCGGGCGGAGGGGGAACGUCUGCAGAGGCUGAACGUCUGCAGAGGAAUGCGUCGCUUUGUGGGCGUCAAACAUCUCAAGGUAGGAUGUUGUGGCAACACGCUGCAGACUCAUGUUGUUGACGCGCACAGUUUCACAUGCACACACACCAAGGUCAUGAUACUGUUGCAUAUUUUAUUUGAUUACAUUUUUUAUUUAUUCCCCCCCCCCCCCUUAGAGCGCCAGGUCUCCGGCAGCACGACAGGGGGCAGCGGGGGCGUCGGCGUGGCGACGCCGGCCCCCGUGGUCGCGGGGGCCAUCAGCAGGGAGCUGUCAGACCUGCGGUCCCUGGCCCAGUUCCCCGAAGAGAUCGCCUGCAUCCUGACCCAGCAGGAGCAGGAGCUGUACCAGAGGGUGUUUCCGCUGGACUACCUGUGUUUCCUGACCCGGGACCUGGGGGGCACUGAGGGCCAGACCAAGCGCCACCCCAGCCUCAAGGCCUCCCUGUCGGGCCCGCCCUCCUCUACCCACAAUGCUCAGCGACGCAACGCCGUGGAGGACCUGGUGGCCCGCUUCAACGAGGUGAGCUCGUGGGUGACGUGGCUGGUCCUGACGGCCAGCUCCAUGGAGGAGAAGAGGGAGGUGUUCUCCUACCUGGUGCACACCGCCCGCUGCUGCUGGAACAUGGGCAACUACAACGCCGUCAUGGAGUUCCUGGCCGGGCUGCGCUCUCGCAAGGUGCUGAAGAUGUGGCAGUUCAUGGAGCAGGCGGACAUUGAGACCAUGCGGGGGCUGAAGGACGCCAUGGCCCAGCACGAGUCCUCCGCAGAGUACAAGAAGCUGCUCACCAGGGCACUCAAUAUCCCAGGAUGCAAGGUGGUUCCGUUCUGCGGCGUCUUCCUGAAGGAGCUGAGCGACGCACUGGAUGGGACCGCCAGCAUCAUCAGCCUCAAAGCCCCGCUGGAAAACACAGACUCAGACUCACUGGAGUUUGUGUCCGACUACCACGGCCAGCAGCAUUUCAUGUCCCGCUCCGGUCCCGACGGGCUCCACGUCCCGGAGAAGGAGGCCACUGUCAGCAACAUCCUGCAGAUCAUCCGGUCCUGUAACCGUAGCCUGGAGGCGGAUGAUUCAGACGAAACGACCAGUCACAGCCCUUCCUCGGUGGCCCCGCCCCCAACCUCUCGGAACAACUCGUUCAGGGAGCGAAGCUACAAUCCUUCCCGCUCCUCCAGGCUAGCCCCUGAAGCCAGUCGGGUCUUGUUCACAGUGGGGGAUGUGUCUGAUGCGGAGGCCGAGCCGUGCCUGGAGGCGGGGGGGAAGGAGGUGGAGUUCCUGGGAACCGAGGAGACCCACCCCGCCUUCGCCCACAACACAGAGAUCAUACCCUGGUACGUGCUGUCCCUGCAGCCCGACACACAUCAGUUCCUGCUGCAGGGCGCUACGGUCAUCCACUACGACCAGGACAGCCACCUCAGCGCCCGCUGCCUCCUCACACUGCAGCCCGACAACACCACCCUCACCUGGGGGAAGCCUCGGUGCGGAGGACCCCCAGCGACGGAGCCUCCAGUUGGGCUCGGCCAAACCGUGUUUGCUGGUCUGGCCGAAGGCCUGCUGGAUCUGGGGGUGGUCAAGGCGGUGUUCCUGGGUCACCACGGGGCAGACGUCCACGCUGUGUGUCUUCAAAACAAACUGAGCCAAAUGACGGCUGAAGACAACGCCCUGACGCUCCUCUACGGCCUCGGCACCACCGACAACAGGCUGCUUCACUUUGUGGCACCCAAUCACACGGCCCAGGCGCUUCACAAGGGCCUAUCAGAGCUGGUGAACGCCACCAGGAAGCUGAAGAGGUUCCCCGACCAAAGGCUGCAGUGGCUGAGGAGGCAGUACGUCAGCUUGUAUCAGGAGGACGGGCGAUACGAGGGCCCGUCGCUGGCCCAGGCCAUCGAGCUGUUUGGGGGCCGGCGCUGGAACAUGGGCGCCGGCGGGGCGGAGAAGGCGGGCGGCCAGAAGAACAACACGCUGGGACACGAUAAGACCAAGAAGAAGAAGAAGGUCCUCGUCAGGGGAGACAGCGGGGAUGUGACGGACGAUGAGAUGGUUUCCCGAAAGACCCGGAGCUGUAAGGAUGCACUGGGCCGGAACGGAAUGGAGUUCAACGACAGCAUGGACCAGGACGAGUCGGAGGACAGCUUUCCUGGACCGUUCUCCCUGUCAGCCAAUAGGAGCCCAGCGAUGCUGGCCUCUUCCUCCUCCUCCUCCACCUCCUCCUCUUCCUCCUCCAGCAUGGUCGGGGCGGUCCAGACCCGCCCCCAGGCCUCUCCCGUCCUAUCAGGGGCCGCAAAGACACCGCCGCCUGGUGCGUGGAGCAGCCGGUCGUGGCACGGCAGGUGCAAAGGUUGCUUCAAAGGCUUCCAGAACCUGAUGAUCUCAGACAGCUCCAUGAGCUUCAUUGAGUUUGUGGAGCUCUUCAAGUCCUUCAGCAUCCGCAGCAGGAAAGACCUGAAGGAGCUGUUCGAUACGUUUGCUGUCCCCGUGAGCCGAUCCAGCCCUGAGUCGGCGCCUCUCUACACCAACCUCCGCAUCGACGACCUGGACAUGGGACUCCAGCCGGACCUCGACCUGUUGACCAGGAACGGGUCAGACCUGGGCCUCUUCAUCCGAACGCAGCAGCAGAUGACGGACAACCAGAAGCAGAUCUCCGACGCCAUCGCGGCGGCGAGCAUCGUGUCCAACGGCACGGGCGUGGAGAACGCCUCGCUCGGGGUCCUGGGCAUGGCCAUUCCCCAGCUCAACGACUUCCUGGUCAACUGCCAGAGAGAGCACCUGAGCUAUGACGACAUCCUCAGCGUCAUACAGAAAUUUGAGCCGUCGUCGAGCAUGCGACAGAUGGGCUGGAUGUCAUUUGAAGGCUUUGCCAGGUAUCUGAUGGACAAGGAGAACUGUGCGUCGCGUCACGAGGAGUCUCAGGUGGACCCGGCGGAGCUGCAGCACCCCCUCUCCUACUACUACAUCGAGUCGUCCCACAACACCUACCUGACCGGACACCAGCUCAAAGGGGAGUCCUCCGUGGAGCUGUACAGCCAGGUCCUUCUGCAGGGGUGCAGGAGCGUGGAGCUGGACUGCUGGGAUGGAGACGACGGCAUGCCGGUCAUCUACCACGGACACACCCUCACCACCAAGAUACCCUUUAAGGACGUGGUGGAGGCGGUAAACCGCUCAGCAUUCGUUAACUCCGACAUGCCCGUCAUCCUGUCCAUAGAGAACCACUGCUCCCUGCCCCAGCAACGCAAGAUGGCCGACAUCUUCAAGGCGGUGUUUGGCGAGCGUCUGGUGAUGCGUUUCCUGCUUGAGAGCGACUUCAGCGACGACCCCCUCCUGCCCUCCCCCCUCCAGCUGAGGGGGAAGAUACUCCUCAAGAACAAGAAGCUCAAAGCCCACCAAGCGCCUGUAGACAUCCUCAAACAGAAGGCUCACCAGCUCGCCCACAUGCAGGCCCAGGCUAGCAACGGGGGGUCGCCGGGGGUGGGCUCCACGAGCAACAACACCAAUGAGGAAGAGGAGGAGGAAGAGGACGAGUACGACUAUGACUACGAAUCUCUCUCAGACGCCGAUGUCCUCAUGGCCUCUACCGCCUCCUAUAGCCUGGAAGACAACAUCCUGGAUGACAAGCCGGAGGGGAAGAGCACAGCGGAGAAGGAAGAGCCGCCGACCGACGAGGUUCCCAAGAGAAGCUCCAAGAAACCGGAGAGGGCGGCAAACUGCAAGGGAAAAGUGUUUGACAUGGAGUUGGGGGAGGAGUUCUACCUUCCUCAGAACAAGAAGGAGAGCCGGCAGAUCGCCCAGGAGCUGUCGGACCUCAUCAUCUACUGCCAGGCCAUCAAGUUCCCCGGCCUGUCCACACUGUCUCCGACUGACUCGGGCCGAGGGAAGGACCGAGGGAAGGGCAGGAAGUCCAUAUUUGGAGCGGCCCCUGCUCGCAUUAACACACUGGGAGACUCCGCCCCCCAAACCCGCCCCUCUGGGAAAGGCGGUGCGGAGUGCGUGCGUCUGAGCUGGGAGGAGCAGCAGCAGACACAGCAGGCCCAACAGCAGGGCCAGACGUCCCCGGUGCCCAGCGCGCCCGCCUCCCUCAGCUCCAUCAUCCGCACGCCCAAGUGCUACCACAUCUCCUCCGUCAACGAGAACGCCGCCAAGCGCCUCUGCCGCCGCUACUCCCGCAAGCUCAUCCAGCACACGGGCGCCCAGCUGCUGCGCACCUACCCGGCGGCCACGCGCAUCGACUCGGCCAACCCCAGCCCGCUGCCCUUCUGGCUGCACGGCAUCCAGCUGGUGGCGCUCAACUACCAGACCGACGAUCUUCCCCUGCAGCUAAACGAAGCGCUCUUCGAGGCUAACGGCGGCUGCGGCUACGUGCUAAAGCCGGCGGUGUUAUGGGACCGCUGCUGCCCCCUCUACCAGCAGUUCUGCCCCCUGGAGCGAGACGUGGAGAACAUGACCCCCAUCACCUACACCCUCACGGUGAUCUCCGGGCAGAACGUGUGCCCGGGCAACAGCGCGGGCAGCCCCUGCGUGGAGGUGGACGUGCUGGGCAUGCCCGUGGACGCCAGCCACUUCCGCUCCAAGCCCAUCCACCGCAACACGCUCAACCCCAUGUGGGGCGAGAGCUUCCAGUUCACCGUGCACUUUGAGGAGCUGUGCUUCCUGCGCAUCGCCGUGGUGGAGAACAACAGCUCCCAGACCACGGCCCAGAGGACCCUGCCCAUCAAAGCCCUCAAACCAGGUUACAGGCACCUACAGUUAAGAACUCAACACAAUGAGUCCCUAGAGGUGUCUGGUCUGUUCAUCUACAGCCGCAGGAACGAGGACGGCCCUGCAGGGGGUGCUGUUCCCUCCUCUAUGUGGUACAGUACAGAUGACCGGCGGGCGUAUCAGAAGCACAGGCUGACGGUGCACGGGGCCCCGGGCCAGGAGCCCUUCACCGUGUUCCCGGUCUGCCCGCAGACCACCGCCAGGCAGCUGCUAGACAUGGUUGUGUCCCCAACAGGAAGUCCCUCAGAGUACUUCCUGUGCGAGGAGCGGCUUCCCCUUGCCAAGGAGCGCAGCGAGGCCAGGCAGCGGCCGCUGGCUCCGGAGGAGGAGGUGCUGAGGCUGGUCAGCGGCUGGCACACGGAGGAGGGCCUGGUGGGCCGGAUCAGCCUCCGAGCCAGAGAGGAGAACUGUAAUGAGAGGAGCACGUCGGUUGGAGAAGGGGAGGAUGAGCUGACCGUAGGAGGGAGGGAGGGAGGAGGGGAAGAGGAGAUGUUCUUCGUCCAGGUCCACGACGUCUCUCCUGAGCAGCCCCACACGGUGAUCAAGGCCCCGCGCUCCAGCACCUCCCAGGACAUCAUCCAGCAGACUCUGUCCAAAGCCAAGUACUCCGUGAGCAUCCUGUCCAACCCCAACCCCACCGACUACGUCCUGAUGGAGGAGGUGACCAAGGACCCCGGCUCCAAGAAGGCGUCGACCGCCAAGCCGCUUCAGCGAAUCCUAUUGGACCACGAGUGUGUCUAUCAAGCUCAGAGCCGGUGGAGGGGGGUGGGGAAGUUCAUCCUCAAACUCAAAGAGCAGAUGCCUCGCGAGGACAAGAGAAAGGGCAUCUCGUUCGCCAGCGAGCUCAAGAAGCUGACCAGUCGCGGCCGCAGCACGUCGAGUGGCAGCAGCGGCAGCCAAUCGGUGACGCUGUGCCAUGACGGCCCCGCCCACAGGUGUCUGCCUGCGGGGCUGAAGGCCUGGGUGUCAGAGGGCAAAGAGGGGGCAGGACGUAUCCUCCUGAACUCGCCCGUGAGGCCGCGACCCAAGCCCCGACGGGACCACACCUCCACCGCCUCUCGGGCCCUCCAGACCUGGAAGCUGUACCUUCUGCGCAACUGGAAGGUUCACAAAUGAAACCCAGAGAGGGAGAAAAGAUCAUUAAAGUGAUAAUGGAAGGCGUCCUCAACGCAGUGUAGUAAGGACUCAUUGCCCUGGUUCAGCGCAAAGGAAAGGUUUAUCCCACAAUCAGCGAGUUUGUACGUGCGUUUGGGAGUUCUUGGAAACUGCUCCUCUUGCGCAAAGGACUGCAUUUGGCAGUUGAUUUGAGGGCACUUAGAGGAUUCGGCCUGUCCCAGAGGCUGGCUUAGUUGCUGUACAGGGUCCUGCCCAAACCCUAUUGGUCGGUUGAAUGGGAUUUGGCUCACUCCGGGGGGUGUCCGUUGAUUGGUUGGUUCGCUGGUUGACGGACAGUUGCUCCAGCCACUCGGAAAGCCUUUCUCCACGGAGCCCCUAGACACGGUAAAGGUGCCAUUGGGCUACCCCCAGGUUUGACUUGACGCGGUCACCCGCAGCUGUUUUAUUUAUUUAUUGUUUCAUCAUCAGGGAUGGGAUUUAGAAUAAUCUAAAAUGCUGUUUCUUAUUAAUGAAGGGGAAGUUAUAUGUCGGACCCAUCAACAUUUAGUCACAAUGAAAUGAUUAAUGGGUUUGUGACCUUUCAAUCUCCAAAUUAAUUUGACGAACCCUGACUACAUGUCAAGUUUGCUGGGUAUGAACAGAGAUUUGUCAUGAUUUAGGCUACUAGUAAGGUUCACUAACGGCAUAUACUAACUAUGAAUGAGGCUUCUAGUAAGGUUCAGUAAAUAUAUAGUUACUAUGAAUAAGGCUUCUUGUAAGGUUCAGUAAAGUUAUGUUUAGUAACAUUGCCCAUUUCCUUGCUGUUAAAAAACGCACAUAGGAUAGCAAAAGGACUCAAAGCAUUAGUGAUGGAAUGUGUAUGAAUUAGGUAUUUUGAAAAGGCUUCAGUUUGAGGGAAAUGGUUGAUCAUGUUUUACUGUAAGAUUAAAACAGAUACUGUGAGAUUAUAUUCGGCAGCUUUUGGUCCAGGUAGACGGGCUUUUAAGUUGUUUCUUUACUUUAUAUCGUUGACAUGAUCUCUAAAAAGUAAUAUAUAAUUUAAAUAAUCUAAGAAAAAGUAAGUCAUCGCAGAGCUGAUCAAUGAUCGGUGAUGUUACUUAUUUUCGCCCAGCUAGCGGGAAAAGGCCUGAUGACAUCACUGAUAGGGGUGUGGCCAACAGUUCCAACUGUUAUUCCAGUUGAAUAAAAUGGUUGUAAACUAUACAGCAGGCUUAUAACAAUGUCGUCCCAAAAAUAUUUGAUCAAAGAAUUCAAAUUUGGAAGAAACUUCUGUGUGUGCCGUUAAAUGUUCCCCAUUAAAACAAAAAAACACAAAGUAUUUUCUAAUAAGAUGUCUCUGGGACAGACAUGUUUUUUUUUUCAAGAAAUAACUUAAGUUGUUGAAUUAUGCCUUGAAUUGUUUUUCCUAUUUCUUUACAUAAUGAAGAAUGAAAGACUUGUAUGGGUAUUUUCUCAUGUUUUUAUUAAUUUACAUUAAUGAGCGGCAUCGCACAUUUUAUUUUUGUUGUUUACGCCCAUCUUAAAUUUGACAAUUAAGAAGGCUUCCCAAAAUCUUCAAAUGUUGAGAAUGAUUAAAGGUCAUGUCAACAUCAGUUAAGUUAAGUUAAAUUUUUUGUUUCCAUCUCCCAGUCUAAAUCUGUUGUCUGUCAUAGGCUGAGUUGUAGCAUUAGCAUGACAGCUAUGUGAAGCUAACAUAGCAUAACUAAAGUUAUGAUAGUUUAUGUUGGCAGAAUUUUUUUUUAACCUGAAAUAAAGCUGAUAUCCAAUAAUAAGUUAAAGCUUAGCAUAUUAUUGUAUAUGGAAAGCGGUUUAACUUUUAAACCUAUUUCCUUCCCUAUACUAUGUAGGCUUGUGCUUAGUUGAGUGUGAAUCGAUUGUAAUGUCAUAUAAAGGUACUUUUAAAUACAUUUAAUAAUUAUAUUGUUUCCAUUUUAUAGUGGCUUAACAAUUUGAUUUAUUUUUGAGUCCAGUUUAGUCUGUUGUAAAUGUAUAUAUUUUUAUCCAGGGUCACUGAUAGACAGACAGGAAAUCAUCCCUGAGCCUAACAUAUAGAUGGAGCUCAGACUCAAUGUGGCUGUAGAGUUGUAUAUACACAUAAGGUGUUUAGUUUAUCUUUUAAAGAGUUUUCUUUAAAAUGCUCAAUGUUUUAUGUUUUUCGUAGACAAUCCUCGGGUAGUCUGAUACUUUUAAACAAGACGUCUGGAUGUAGAGCUUAGCUAUUCAAGACCAUUUUUUGCAUGCAUUCUUUUCUUUAAAUGGAGGUAUUCAGAUGAUGAAUUAUUUCAACGCCAAGUAUAGUUUUCAGCCUUUAUCUCUAACUUGUGAAUGAUACCCUUCUUAAGUGUGUUGAAACUUUGUUAAAACUGAGAAACAUGUGUGUAGGAUUAUUUAUCGAAUGACACGCCCUGGUUGGCUGUUGUGUGUGUGUGUAUGUGUGUGUGUUUUUUGGGCGUGUCUGAAGUCUCAAAGUGUUUUAAACUGUUUUCUUAAUUUAUUUGCGUAGAUGUGAGGGAAAUCCCUCCUCCAUACACUAAAAUGUAAUAUUUGUUCAGUGGUGUAUAUAAUAAUUUUUACUUAAGUGUUGGCUGUAGUGGUUACAUUUCUGGUGUUAUAUUCUUCAGGAAAAUGUCCUGCAGUUGUCUACCUGUGUCUUUGUAAAUGUAGGAAGAUUAGGGCGACACAUUUGGAUGGAAGUGUAUAAGUCUUUGUGUUGUCGUGUAUAUUUUUUUAAAAGUGUAUUUGGUCGUUGUGUUGUCCAACGUGCUUCAUAUUGUGACCUGCAGGCUGUACGUCUUCACGUUUCUAUUUACUUGAAUUAUUUAAAUGAUUGUAGUCAGCCAAUGUUGUCAUACCUGUAAAGAGAGAGUUCACAUUAAAUACAACUAUUGUCGUAGUCA